AGAGAGAAGAGGUCCAAGUAAGAGCCGUCAAAGAACAGGCAUCGGCUUAAAGUCUCGGACUUUGAUCUGUUCAAAGGAACGCCAGGAAAAACUCAACCACGCGGGACGAGAUUCUCCUUUUAAAUUUCGCGUUUCUGCUGCGUUUGACGACAGAUGACAGUGAAGCCACCACCACCCGGAAGAUAGAAUUUUUUUUUUUUUUCCUCUCUAACCAUUUGAAAGCCUGCAACUUUCGUCCUCCUUUGAACUUUCAACGCUCUCUCGAACGCCAUUUAUGCGCGUUCCCUCCUAGCAUUUUCCACAGGCCACGCCUUAAGUAAUCCUCUCUCCAUCCUCUCUUUGACGUCAAGUUCGUCAUUUUGUAGAAUCUUGGAGGAAGGUCGUAGUUCAUCGCCGUGACUCUGCGUUCUUGCAAGAUUUUCAGGUUCACUGCGAGCUUUGCUUUGGUUUCUGUUUCUGUGGUUCAUUACUGCGUGAAAGUCGUUCACUUGUACAAUAGAACAAAAUGUUUGGUUCAAAGAAGUCUCCAUUGAAACUGGCCAAGCAUAGCUCUGUUGAUAAUGGACAUCCUGUUACUUCAGGAUCCAAUCCUUUUGGUUCUGAUGAUGAGGUAGACAAUAAGCAUAAUCUUAAAACCUCAAGAAGGACAUCAUCCGAGCCUACAUUAGGUCCACCAGAACCAAGCGUUAACUCCUACAAUGAUCACUCUCAAAAAGGAACAUCUUCUUCCUCAUAUUCAAGUUCACUAACCUAUGCCACAAGAAAUAGGUAUAAGAAUAAUUUCCAAGAUUCUGGGGGCUUGGAGAACCAAUCAGUGCAAGAACUUGAAGGCUAUGCAGUGUACAAGGCUGAGGAGACUACAAAGAGUGUUAAUGGCUGCCUGAAGAUUGCAGAGGACAUGAGGGAGGAUGCGACGAAGACCCUGGUCAUGUUGCAUCAGCAGGGUGAGCAGAUCACCAGGAGCCAUGCCAUUGCUGUUGAUAUAGAUCACAAUCUUAGCCGGGGCGAGAAGCUUCUGGGAAGCCUUGGAGGCAUGUUUAAAAAGACUUGGAAACCAAAGACAAACCGUCGAGUUACUGGCCCUCUAAUUACAAGAGAUGCUGUCCCGACGAAGGGUGAUCACUUGGAACAGAGGGAGAAGUUGGGUUUGACUUCAGUGACUAAGCAACAAUCUAACAAGCGAACGCCACUGCACGAGCCAACAGAUGCACUGCAAAAAGUUGAGGUCGAAAAGUCGAAGCAAGAUGAUGCUCUCUCAGAAAUUAGCAACAUUUUGGGGGAUAUGAAGGACAUGGCUGUUGAUAUGGGAACUGAAAUUCAGAGGUCAGUGUUGUCGAUCUUUCAUCGAUCUUUUGGAUGCAACUCUAUGUCAUACUCUCUCUCUCUCUCUCUCAAUGCAUUACCGGUUUUUGUCCUACAUAAUGUGUUAUUAACGAGUAUUCUCAAGUUACAUUAUGUUAAAUAUGUCGGAAAUCAGAUUGCGCUUUUCAUGCGCAGAGUUUCAGUGUUUCUGAAUGAGCGUAUGUACUAAUUUUUAUCAACCUUGAGCAUAUGUGUCGAGAGUACUAUUUUAUGAGACCCUCGUGCAUACAUUUUGCAGCUUUAUUUCUCUUGUGAUCGCAUCAAUAGUUAUCUCUGAAAUCAUCCUCGCUAAAUGAGCCUAUGAAAAAGCUCUACGUUUGAUCUAAAUCAAAAUGGAGUACGGACAGUGCUGUUUUCCCUCUUUCUACUGAUAAAUGCUGUACGGUACUACAGCAAUCUGUUCUUUCAUCUCUGUUUGGCCACUCU